AAAUUAAUACAAACAAUGUUUUCCUUAGCUUGGGAUAUGAAGCCUGCAGAAUGAAUCAGUGUGCAAAGAAUUGCUGCCUAUGCUAUUGUUGUUCCUGUGCUACUAUAUAUUUUUCUACUUUAGGAAGACUAAUGUUUAAAAGAAUCUCCACUAUUUCUCAAAAGAUAAGGGCAACAUUGAGUGAAGACAUGGAAAGGGAAAAUACAACACUGCUGACAGAGUUUAUUCUCACAGGACUUAUAUACAAACCAGAGUGGCAAAUCCCCUUGUUCCUGGUGUUCUUGGUGAUAUACCUGAUCACCAUGGUGGGAAACCUUGGUCUAAUUGCUCUCAUCUGCAAUGACUCUCACCUUCAUACUCCCAUGUACUUACUCCUGGGGAAUUUAGCCUUUGUGGAUGCUUGGAUGUCAUCUACAGUCACCCCUACGAUGCUGGUCAACUUCCUAAUCAAGAAUAAAAAGAUAUCUUUCUGUGAAUGCAUCAUACAAUUUUUUUCCUUUGCAUUCAGUGCAAGCACAGAAUGUUUUCUGCUGGCAACAAUGGCAUAUGAUCGCUACAUAGCCAUAUGCAAACCAUUACUUUAUCCAGUGAUUAUUACCAACAGACUAUGCAUCUGGCUGUUAGUUUCAUCAUUUGUAGGUGGUAUGCUUCAUUCUUUUUUUCAUAUAGGUCUUUUGUUCAGAUUAACCUUUUGUAAUUCUAAUAUAAUACAUCACUUUUACUGUGACAUCAUGCCAUUGUUUAAGAUUUCCUGCACUGACCCUUCCAUUAAUGUUCUGAUGGUUUUUAUUACCUCUGGGUCAAUACAAGUGUUCACCAUAUUGACAGUUCUUAUCUCUUAUACACUUAUUCUCUUUACAGUCUUAAAAAAGAAGUCUGUACAAGGCAUAAGGAAAGCCUUCUCUACCUGUGGAGCUCAUCUCCUAUCUGUGUCUUUAUUCUUUGGUUCUCUUCUCUUCAUGUAUAUGCGCCCCAGAUCUGCUCAAGCGGAUGACCAAGACAUGAUGGACUCUUUGUUUUACUCUGUUAUCAUUCCUUUGCUAAAUCCAAUUAUCUAUAGUCUGAGAAAUAAGAAAGUCCUGGACUCACUGGCAAAAAAGUUAAAGAAAAAUGUUCAGAUCUCACACUAAUAUAUGUCCUCUUUCCAUUAAAACAGUUACAAAAUUAUGCAGAUAAAUGUAACUCUGUUUUGGUUAGUGUUCAAAAUUUUUGCAAUUACAAUUGCCCUAUGGUUUUAAUGACUUAAGGUGUUGGUACUAACAUACUCAUUAAAAAUGUGUAUAUGUAGUUUAAAAAAUACGAAUAAUGUUAAACAAAUACCAUGCUGGAAUAAUUAAAGCUGAAAACAAAUGAAAACAUUUUACAUGCUCCUAAAUUCUUCAAUGUAGCUUUAUAAAAUUAUUAAGCACUGAUAUAGUGUAGUUUCUCUGAACAGGACUUGAGUAGGAUGUCUUUGACAAUCUUACAGCUUGCGCAGCCUGAAGGCUCACAUCACAUUUAACUCUACAAAAGAGACAGGUUUAUAUUUGAGUGAAUAAAGGCAAAUCCCAAAAGGUCUUUCAUUUCACACUAUUCGGGAAGUGGUGAUUUUAACUUCUUGUGGGGGUUAAACUCAUGUCACAGAAAGAAAUAAACAGAAAUCAGAAAACAAUGAUUUAAAAAACGAGAAGAAAAAAAUGAGAAGGGAGUUAAGACAGUGAAGGUCAAACUGUAAGAUGAUGCUCUUAGCUCAGGAACCUUCCAUGAGUAAUGAGAAGAAGGAAGUUGCCUCUAACACUCUGACACCUUAAAAGGCACUUUGUAGCUGUGUUUGUAUGUUGUAGGCUACUCUGAAAAGCUUCACUAAUUCAGGAAGCUAAGAAUGUGAUUGCAGGAAAAUUGGAAUGGGUGUACAGAGGAAAAGAGAAGUGGUAGAAUAGAAAGAAAAUGUUCAAUCUUCCUAGAAUUUUUUUUUAAAUGAAGCUAGUAAGAUAAAAAAAAAAAAUUUCAGCAAAUAUAAUUUUGGGGGAUGUUUUGGUGAGAAUAGGGCUUCUAAUGCAUAUUACCAAAGUUCAAAUAAUAUUAAUAUACCAUGUCAUAAUACCCAGUGGGUCACUGGAAAAGACAUGAAAAAUAAGCAGAUUUUGAAUGAUUUGUUCCCCAAAAGUCCUUAAAUGUUAGCUUUCAUCUCACUCCCUACUUAAAGUAUAACUGGGCCAUCUUCAAGUCCCCUCUUUGUCCUCCUUUCUCAAUACUGAAAUCCAUACACUUUCUUAGUGACACACCAAAGCCCUUAACUAAAA